AUGGCGGAACGAGACCAGUGGGGGAGCAAGUGCACUUUCCUCCUCUCCCUCAUCGGAAUGUCCGUCGGAAUGGGAAACGUCUGGCGCUUCCCGUACGUCGUCUACGUCAACGGCGGUGGAGCAUUUAUUAUUCCGUACAUCACGCUCACGCUCAUCGCCGGAAGACCGAUGUACCUGCUGGAGCUCGUCCUGGGUCAAUUCUCCGGUUAUGCACAGACAAAAGCAUUCGACGGAUACCCGAUAGCAAAAGGCGUGGGUUGGGCCAUGGUCUACGCGUCGGUGUCGCUGGCUCUCUUCAACAGCAUGGUGCUGGCCUACGUCAUCAUCUACCUCUACUACUCCAUGGGGAAUCCCACGACGUUGCCCUGGAUGCAGUGCGACCCCUCCUGGGCCGACGAGCAGUGCUACGUCAAGAAGGAAGGCAUUUUUCCCUGCAAGGCGGUGGAACAGAUGGCGCUGAACAAGUACAAACCAGAAUGGCUGCCCAGGAUUAAUGAGCCGCAAAGUUUUGUCCAACCGGUAGACGCUAACCGCACCUCGAAUGGCACCGUCUUCGAAGGGAGGCCGCACGCCAGCAGCUGCAUUAACGCCACUCAACUGUCGUCGUACCAUUUUUACUACAAAAUGGUGCUCGGAUUCAGUCCCCAGAGCAAAGAUCAAAAUUCGUACCAGGCCCACCUUCUGCUCGCCGUAGCCCUUGGCUGGUGUUGCGUGUUUGUCUGCGUCCACAAUGGCAUCAGGUCACUGGGAAAGGACCACCUCGCCGUCAUCUGCCUGGGGACCACCGGACGGUGCUGCAGGUUUCUGCAGCACGCGUUCUCGCUGCUGCUCGACCCGGGCCGGCCGUUCCAGCUCCACUUCGCGCGACAUGGCGUCGUCGUCGUCGCAGUUGUGCACGAUGCGCUGCUCGUCGUCACGGGACGGCGCGCGAGCGCGCUGUGA